UUUAAAUGAAUCGGAGAGAUGUUUGAUCAUAAAAAUUGGGUAUUGUUUUUUGUGUACUUCUCAGUGUUUUCAAACGCAACAUGGAAAACAAGAACCACGGAAAGGAUAUUUUACGGAAACUUUUGGUCAACGGAUGGAGGAAACCUACUAAUAGGACGGAGAUCAUUUCUAAAGGCAUCGUCAACCUGUGGAUUACGUCAUCAUGAGAACAUCUGUAAUAAUACAGGAGAUGCUCCCUACACGAGAUGUUUCAGAUGCGAUUCGAGAACACCUUGGUCUGAAAGCAAUUCUCUUUCUCAUCAAAUCAGCAACGUGCUCUACGACACUACAGAAAACUGGUGGCAAUCUCAGCUUGGACAGGAAAGUGUCUUUAUUCAGUUUGAUCUGGAAACAACCUUUUGGUUUACUGGUGUAACAAUUAAGUUUAGAAACCAUGGUCCUAAAGCAUUCUUAAUUGAGCGAUCCUCUGAUUUUGCAAGAACGUGGAGAGUCUAUCGGUAUUUUGCUGAAAGCUGUAACUUUUCGUGGCCUGGAAUUAAGUUCCCGAUUUUGAAAUCUAAUCGUGAAUACUUGAACAUCUUUUGUCAGGAGAUAGAAUAUAAAAGUGCAGAAACGCUAGAGAUAAGCUUCUUUUUAAGUGUCCCACCACAUGUCUUUGUCACACCUCUUGGUAAAGAUAUUUUGAACUUAAUAACCUUUACAAAUUUGAGAAUCAACUUCACAGCAUUCUCUCUAACACAUUACUAUAGCGUGUACAAUUUAAGGAUAGAGGGAACCUGCAUGUGUUAUGGACAUGCUUCUCGCUGCAAACCAUUUCCUGGAUAUAAUUUCACCACAGAUACUGGAACUAUGGUCAACGGAAAGUGUGUUUGCAAGCAUAAAACAACAGGUCAAUAUUGUGAAAAAUGUCGAGAGUUUUACAACGAACGCCCAUGGCAACCUGCUGAUUUCUUCAAGUCAAACAAAUGCAAACGAUGUAACUGUAAUGGUCACUCAAAGAAGUGUGGGUACGACCCUUUAGUUGUUGAUGGAACUAGCGGAGGGAUAUGUCUGGAUUGUGACCACAAUACCACCGAAAGAUUUUGCCAGACAUGUCAAUAUCCUUUUGAGGAAGAUUCAAAGAAACCUGUGAACAGUAAAGAUUUCUGUGUAUUAGGUAAAAUUACCAACACGAAUUCUUGGAUUUCUGAAAGAGAUGGAAAAAGCUCCAGGAACUUUAUGUCGGACCAAGAAGAAACCACGGAAUUAAUCUCCAAGUUUCCAGAUAAUAAUUUCUUUGAAUUUACUGCACACCGCAUUACCAUAAUAGUGAUCAUUGUAAUAGCUGUUCUGGCUAUCUACAUAAUAGUUCAUCUGUGUAUUAAACUUCAUAGCAGAAGAAAGCUAGUGAAUCUGUACCUCGCCACGACAUCUACGGACUUAGAGAACAAUAACUAUGCAGGGAUCAAUAUUAAUCGCUCAACAGCUGAUGAAGAUUUUUCACACUAUCAUGAAAUUUUUCCAUACGUUACAAUAACAUCUUUAAAUUUCCACGAAGAUGUUUAUUCAGAUAUGGAUGCAUAUGGUGCAGAAUGUCAUGACAUUUCUGGGAAUCCUUGUGAAAAUUUCACAAUUAAGACGGAUGGGAAUGAAUAUAUCGAAAUUUUGGAAUCAAAUGCUAACAGCAGUGACAUGCAUUGCGAGGAUGUUUCAACUUUCUAGGUGGGGGAUUGAAGUGGAAAUCAGCAAUAUAAAAAAUUAUGAAAUUCUUAAUUAUUUCUCUUUUUCUGAUCAAGUGACUGCCUGCCAACAUAAUUAUUAUUUAAGCAAAAUUUUACUUUUUAUUGACAUGUAUAUUGAAUCAGAUUUACAUUUUAUAUUCAUUCGAGUGAAGCAGAAUAAAU